AUGGUCCCCGACUAUUAUGUCGCCUACGAGAAGUGGGUGGCGCAGGCGGGCGGGCGCACCGUGGUCCUGCCUCGCUUCUUUGCGCACGAGCCGCAGGCACUGGAGCGCCUGUUUGCCUCGCUCAACGGCCUCCUGAUCCCGGGAGGCGGCGACUUUGUCGGCAACGGUUCGGUCGACGCGAUGGUUGCGCGCGCCACGCGCGCCAACCGCGAGGGCGACUACUUUCCGAUCUGGGGUACCUGUCUCGGCUUCGAGUACCUGGUCGACAUACUCGGAGGGCCGGGCGCGCUUGUGCCGCGCGCGCCGGGCGACCCGAUCGUGCCCGGCUUCGACUCCGAGCUGCUGCCGCGAGCCCUCAACCUGACGGCCGCGGUGCGCGGCUCUCGCAUGCUCGGAGGCGCCAGCGACGCGCUGUUGCGCUGGGCCGCGAGGGAGAAUGUCACGUACAACAUGCACCAUCGCGGCGUCGAGCCGGCGUCCUUUGCCUCCAACCCGCGCCUCGACUCGUCCAUGAGCCUCCUAGCCUCCUCCACGGACCGCCGAGGCCGCCCCUUUGUGGCCGCCUUUGAGGGCGACAACCUGCCCUUCUAUGGCGUCCAGUUCCACCCCGAGAAAAUCGAGUUUGUGCCGCCCUCACGCUACGAGCCAAACAUCCCGCGCACCCCGCACGCCGCCGCCCUCUCCCGCCACCUGGGCUCCUUCCUUGUCUCCGAGGCGGCCAAGAGCCUCCACCGAGCUGCAACGCGGACCCCGACCGCCGCCAACCCCUUCGUUUGGCCGUCCCCGUCGGCAGUGUCACACGUGAGAUGA